CAUUUUUAAUGCUAACCAUAUAAAAUCGUUUAUGGGCUCACGACAAAAAACAAAAAAUCAGUAGUCUUGUAACCAGCAAAGGCCAUGAAAGUAAUUAAUUUGAUCCUAUUAACUGUAAUUUUGCAAAUUGGCAGUCGCUUAACUGAUACCGUUAAAGCGGAAGAUCCGAAUUUUAAAAUUAUAUGUGAAAAUGAACCUAGUGGGACAUUUCUGCCACAUAAGGAUGAUUGCACACGUUUCAUGAGAUGCUUUAUGGGAAAACCGUUUGAGUUCCGUUGCUUUCAUACAUAUCGUUGGAAUCCAACCACACAAAGUUGUGUUCCUGCAAAUACCACUGAAUGCAUGCUAUACAGCGAGUAUGAGACCGCAAAAUUGGAAAAACAACAGCUGGAAGAAACAGCUACGGAAGAAACAACAGCUAUACCAAGCGCUAUAAUGACAACGGAAGAUUAUAAUGAUUUAAGUGAUCAAAGCUCAACGGAAUUAGACAAACCAGAGGAUGAAAAAGUUACUGAAACGCAGCGUGAAAAUGAGGCAAAUAUAAUAACUAAAGAAACCUCCACGGAGACGGCGCAAACUGAUAAUAAAACUCAGGAACCAUUAUCGCUUGAUACACGCAAACGCGAAAAUCCUUGCGUAAAUAUGUCGGAUGGAACAUUUUUACCACAUGAAACAGAUUGUAAGCAUUUUAUAAAAUGUAGCCGCGGUGAACCGCAUGAAUUCUAUUGUCCGAAAACAUUUAUGUGGGACCAAAGUAGGUUAUCUUGUAUUUUUGAAGAUCUUGUUCCAUGCUUAGUGUACGCUGAUUAUGAUGUACAACUUCUUAAAUAUGACAAGCCGUUGUUGCCAGGACCAAUGUCAGAAACUGACGCUUCGAUGCCAAUAACGGUUGAAAACCUAACUAUACCAGAAACAACAGCAGUUGACCUUGCGCUAGAAGCUACGGUGCCGACACAUGCAAGACCAACAACAACAACACCAGAACCAACAACAUCAACAACCACAUCAACAACACCAGAACCAAUAACAUCAACACAAACAUCAACAACAUCAGAACCAACAACGUUAACAACACCAGAACCAACAACAUCAACAAUAGUAGAACCAACAACAUCAACAACACCAGAAUCGUCCACAUCAUCAAUACCAGAACAAACGUCGACAACAUCAACAAUAAUGUCAAAUAUACAAAAACGAACAAUAUCAAGAGAAACAUCAAUAGCACCACAAACCACUACGUCGACAGCGACAUCAGAAACACCAGAAAGAACAACGUCGACAACAACAUCUACAAUCUCCGAACCAACCACGACAACAAUGCCCGAAGCAACCACAUUGACAACAUCAACGAUACUAGAUACAAUAACGUCCGAAUCAACAACAUCAACCACACCAGAAACGACAACAUCAACAAGCACAUCAACAACACCAGAACCAAUAAUAUCAACAACAACAUCAACAACACUAGAACCAACAACAUCAACAACACCAGAAUCGACAACAUCAACAGCAAUUUCGACAACAUCAACAAUAACCUCAAAUAUACCAAAACAAACAAUAUCAAGAGAAACAUCAAUAAUACCGGAAACUAUUACGUCGACAACGACAUCAAAAACACUAGAAAGAACAACGUCGACAACCCCGGAAACAACAAUAUCCACAUUGCCCGAAGCAACCACAUCUACGACAUCAACAACACCCGAGCCGACAACAUCAACAACGCCUGAACCAACAACAUCAACAACACCUGAACCAACAACAUUAUCAAUACCCGAACGAGCAACAUCAACAACGCCACUAACAACAACGUCGACAACAUCAGAAGCAACAAGAAUGGCAGAAACAACAACAACAACAACAGAAACAACAGCACCGCAAACACGAGAAACAGCAAUAUCAACAACAUUAUCAACAUCUUCAGUAAUGAUACCGACGACAGAAUCUACGACAGAUAUAGACACAGUCUCUGCUAAUGUUAAUGAAGCGAACGUAAAGGAAGAAAGUGACGAAACUGAAAAAAAAAAUUCAACACCAGAUACAUUUGCGCUGACAAUAUCUACAAAAGACAAUGAAUUGAUUGCUAUGCAACGUUUAAUCGAAAAUUCUUCGCAAAAUGUCAUGACCACGCAAAUCGUAGAUGCCGAUGUAGUGAAGUCCAUUAUAGGGACUCUUCUCUACCUAGCGCGGCAACCACGUGGAACAGAUGACCCGAAGGAAUUGUACAUUAUGUAUAAACCCGAAAUAUAUAAUAUAUAUGCUGAUCGUGCAUUUGAACCAAUCGGAAGUAGCGAUAAAACGGUAGCAAUACGUACGGAAGCACUUAUAGAGGCAAAAAUAAAUCAAAUGCCUAAAGAAAAAGUCUUCUCGAAUUUUGUAACUACAACACCACGGUAUGUUAUGUCAGCUAAUGCUGAGGAUACUGAUUCCAAUCGUUCUGUGAAUGAUGUAGACUUGCCGCAAGAAGAUUCUCGAUGUAACAUAGACCCAUUGGCACGAUUUCCAGCAAGCCGUUGCUCUCAAUUUUAUCAGUGCUCUGACGGUUACGCUUUUCUCCUCGACUGUCAACAUCAUUACAAAUUUGAUAGCAUCUAUGGAAAAUGUAUACCCGAUUCCGCUCGACAAUGUUGGUGA